UGCGGGUGUGGGUCGUACCGGUUGCUUCAUCGUGAUCGACGCCAUGCUGGAACGGAUCAGACACGAGCGCACGACCGACAUCUAUGGUCACGUGACUCUGAUGAGGUCACAGCGGAACUACAUGGUACAGACGGAAGACCAGUACGGCUUCAUCCACGAGGCGCUGCUGGAAGCAGUGGCUUGUGGGAACACGGAGGUGGCGGCCCGGAGCCUGUUCUCCUACAUGCAGAAGCUGGGCAAGGUGGAGAGUGGAGAGCACGUCACCGGCAUGGAGCUGGAGUUCAAGGUAAACAUAGAAAUAUAUCAGAUAGAACAGAAAUACAUCACCGGCAUGGAGCUGGAGUUCAAGGUAAACAUAGAAAUAUAUCAGAUAGAACAGAAAUACAUCACCGGCAUGGAGCUGGAGUUCAAGCGUCUGGCCAACACCAAAGCCCACACAUCUCGGUUCGUCAGUGCCAACCUGCCAUGUAACAAGUUUAAGAACCGCCUGGUCAACAUCAUGCCCUAUGAAACCACCCGCGUCUGUCUGCAGCCAAUCCGAGGCCUGGAAGGAUCAGAUUACAUCAACGCCAGCUACAUUGAUGGAUACAGGCAGCAGAGAGGUUACAUGGCCACCCAGGGCCCACUGGCUGAGACCACAGAGGACUUCUGGAGGAUGCUGUGGGAACACAACUCUACCAUCGUGGUCAUGCUCACUAAACUGAGAGAGAUGGGACGGGAGAAGUGCCAUCAGUACUGGCCCGCAGAGCGGUCUGCUCGGUACCAGUACUUUGUAGUGGAUCCCAUGGCUGAAUACAACAUGCCCCAGUAUAUCCUCAGAGAGUUUAAGGUCACCGAUGCAAGGGAUGGCCAAUCACGGACAGUUCGUCAGUUCCAGUUCACCGAUUGGCCAGAGCAGGGAGUUCCUAAAUCUGGAGAGGGCUUCAUCGACUUCAUUGGCCAGGUGCACAAAACCAAGGAGCAGUUUGGACAGGACGGCCCAAUCAGUGUCCACUGCAGUGCGGGUGUGGGGCGGACCGGAGUCUUCAUCACUCUGAGUAUCGUUCUGGAGAGGAUGCGUUAUGAAGGAGCUGUGGACAUCUUCCAGACUGUCAAGAUGCUGAGGACACAACGCCCUGCCAUGGUACAGACGGAGGAUGAGUACCAGUUCUCCUACCAGGCUGCCUUGGAGUACCUGGGGAGUUUUGACCACUAUGCAACCUAAGAGAGGAGAGGAACUGUCAUCCCUCCAUCCUUUUGUUCAGAUAGAGGUCCACACAGAGACGAGGAACAACGAAAGAGAGGCGCAGACUGGAAAACGACAAAACAAUGAACCUUAUAUCCCACUGGAGGGGCGACGCUACUAACAAGGAGUAAUUAUACAAGAACAACAACAGCAACAUACAAAACAACAACAACAUACAAAACAACAACAACA